AUGAGCAACAUUAACAACAUCAACAACACCAACGACUUUGUCAUUGUUAGCAAGACGUCGAAGAAAGAUACCAGAAAAGCCGAGAAGGUUGCUUCCAAAACAUCAGUUAUGGGUGAAACUCUUCCUGGAUGGGAGAGAAAGCGCGAAAAAGACACGCAGAAGCAUGGCUGCCCUUGCUUCAUGUAUGCCAACACCAAGAAGAGCGGAAAUCUCACUGUGUGCUCCCAUGAGGCAGAUCAUAAUCACCUCAUCGAAGAAGACCGCAGAGCAUAUGCUAUGCACUGCAAGCUCUUGCCUGAGGCAAUGGCACUUGUGGUGAUCCAGACACUCGGAUGUUGGAUUUAUCACAUAUAA